AUGUCGACUAGGAAAAGUGCCUCCUCGCUGCUUCCGGGAAGUAACUUGAGCAAAUCAAGUCACCGCUCCGUGAUUCAGGGGACGAAAAACUUUGUCUGGAACCGCGAGGAGACGUCGUCCAACUUGCCGUACUACAACCACAACUAUGACACUCCGUUCAAUCGGCCCCCGAACGAGGUCAACUUCAUGGGCGGCCUCGGGAGCAAGAAGCCGCACUUUCGCUCGAAGCUGCACCCGCAGCGGUUCUCCACCGUCCAGAAGCUGAUGCGCAUGCGAACCUCCAACCGGAUCCUGGAGACGCUGACGGAAGACCUGCGGAAGGUGAACCUGUGCCGGCACCGGGGCACGCAGCAGAAGAAGGCCAAGAAUGUGACGGAGUUCAUCAAGAAGAUGACGGACGAGCUGCAGACGGCCGGGAACAUCGAGCAGUCGACCCCGUCGGACCAGUCGGACAUGUUACGCAACCCGGCGCGCCGUAAAAUGACCAACGAGGACUACCGGGAGAUGAUCAAAAAGCUGGACAAGAUUCUGCUCGAAGACGAGCGGCCCGCGGUCGGGCAGAACGUGUCGUUCCGGGACUGGGCCCUGCGCGAGCGGUACAACUUCAAGAACCGCAACAACAUCGAGAUGAUGAAGCGGGAGCGCGAGACGCUCGAGUCGGAAAUGUGCUCCUCGGUCGACACCCGAUCGUACGAGUUUAUCUCGACCGAGGGCCGCCGGGUGACGAAGGUCCGGAAGGCGACCAAGAUACCGCACGUCGAGGGGCACAUGUACGGGCCGUUUACGCGGCUCCCGAUCGAGGACCCGCUGCUGGCGAACGAGACCAAGUACGGUAUACCGCUGGGGCUGCUGGUGCGGUCGUACCGCGAGAUGGACACCAAGAAGGAAGGUGAGCGAAACCUAGUUGAUACCCGAUUGUCUCACAUGAGGAUUCCCCUGUGCCCCAAAAGCAGCGACUCGUCCGAGGACGAGGACCAGAUGGAGGAGGUCAAGAUCCUGUCCUUCAUUCGAACGCCUUACUUCCCCAUACCGACGAUAAAGCGACAGAAGAAGCGGCGCAAGGACCGGCUGCGUAGCCGGUGGCUCCAGAAGAAUCGCCUCAAGCGCAUCACGAUGCUCCUGUACGAUCGCUCACUGGAGAACAUGAAGGCUGGCCGGCGGCGCAAGAGCAAGCGGUACACCGAACCGGGAGCAUCGUCGCGAGGAUCCAGUGCGAGCCUGCCUCGUGUGGCCGAGCACAGCCCUGACGUGCCUGACGGCGGUGAAGAGCCGGCGAAGGGCCCGUUGCUGAGUGAGAAACGCACCCGGUACUAUCAGUUUAUCGAGAAAAAAUCGCAACAGUACCGCAAGAUGUACGACGAUAGUUUGCAGCAGCGGAUGACCAGUUUUCAGGACUUCAAAGCGAGCGAGACGGCCUCGGAUGGUAAUUUGUCCGAAUCGAGCCGCAAGAAGGCAAAGCUGCAGGGGCUCAAACCGGUGGAGGAGAAAGCCCCGGUCGAGAAGCUGGAGCUCCGGUUUCCUCCGAAUCGGUUCAAAAGUCUCUCGAAAAGCGACUCCCAGAAGGGAGCGUUCUACAUCGAUCCAGAGUUUUACGACAAGAUGCGGGACUUCAAGCGAUAUAAGCAGCGCUCGAAAUACUACACCAGCCUGAUGCGAGGCCGACCGGACGUGAGGCAGCGACUGCAGGUGAAUGCGCCCGAGUUCGAGGAAGAGCAGCUGGGCCACCGGCACAAGUACUUUAGCAGAUUGGCCACCGAGUGGGACAACUACUACGUCCAUGAGCUACGGUACCGGCCCCGAAUACGCAAGUUCUGCCCGAAAACGGACAUUCUCAAUAUGCGCGAGCAGCGGCGCAAGGUGUUUUUGCAGUACUUCAUCGAGGAAAAUUUGCUGCAGCGCCGGGCACGCCAAAGCCUGGAGCGUCGGUAUGUGAAUUGGAUUAAAAACUUUUGCAAGCGCAUACGGCCCCAGUUUAAAGUUUGGAAAGAAGAGGCGUACUCAAAGUUGGUGGCCGCCACUGACCAGGAGAAGGAAGCCACCCAGAAAUCGGCACAACUUAAGGCUACUUUGCAGUCCCGUCAAAACAAGAUGGACUCGGUGACCGAGCGCAUCCUGCUGCUGGAGGAACGCUGGACCAGGGUUAUGCAAAUAAGGAAUUACUACUACAUGCUAAUGGAUCCUCAGUGGCGUCUUCAGAACGACUUUUUCCACCGAGCCUCAGACGGGUCACUGUACACGGUUUCAGAAACCAUACAGAACUGCAAGUCGUUGUUCAUCCGCACCGAGGGGAAUAAUAUCGCCACCGAAAUAACGGACUUCUAUCUGGAGAAAAUAUUCCCCGAACUGGACCGCUUGCCCAGCUGCGAACCCGACGGGGAGCUGCUGCGUCGCGGUUUGACUCAGAUCAACCACCGUACGAUUGAUUUGAUAAGCAAAUACAAUCAGAAGUUGAUGGUGUUCAGCAAGAUCGAUUACCACUACAAGGACGUGCUGGAGCAGUUCCCGAAGUACUUUACCGAUCACUACGACCUGCUGAACUUGUACACGGCCAAAAUGGAGUCUAUCCAGGGCAGGAACGAGCGAUUGAAAACACAAUUCAACGGUCUUCUGGGGAAGCCUCUGAAGGAUUGCGUAUACAACAAAGUGAUGCGAAUCACUACGUCGGCCGUGGGUCAGUUGUAUCAGUUCGUACGUAAACUGCAGCACCGUCAGAUUGAAAUAGUCGAAAUCGAUGCAAAGGACAAGCUGGCGGCCAUUCAUCAGCAUGUGAUGGACCUGCUGUUCGAGUUGGACCAGCUACCACUGGACGUGCUGAAAGAAUCGGAGAAGGAAGCUCGCAAGAACCGUAAAGCGCUGUUCCGGGAAGCCAACGUGGCGUACAAAAAGAAAAUGGUGCUCGAUUUGUUGAGAAAGCAACUUCGCUUCCAUGUCAAAAAGUAG